GAUGCAUUCGAUGUACUGGUGAUCCGUGGGUUGUAGAAAAUGGAAGGAGUACUGUUUGGUUGUGUUUUGAAGUGAAGUAUAUUUCUUUUGUUUCUGUAUAUAUCUGUAUUUGUUGACAAAUUAUAGGUUAGCGGUAAAAGACAAUAAUGCCAAGUUUUUAUAAGAUUGAAAUCAACAGAACGGAAUGGGAAGUUCCACAACGAUAUCAGAUGUUAACCCCAGUUGGUUCAGGAGCUUAUGGCCAAGUUUGCUCUGCUGUAGAUACCAAAAUGCAUGUGAAAGUGGCUAUCAAGAAACUUGCUCGACCAUUUCAGUCAGCUGUUCACGCAAAACGGACAUACCGAGAGUUGCGCAUGUUGAAGCACAUGAACCAUGAAAACGUGAUUGGUCUUCUGGAUGUGUUUCAUCCCUCUACUUCACUAGAUGAUUUUCAACAAGUUUACCUCGUAACACAUUUGAUGGGUGCAGAUCUGAACAACAUAGUGAGGACACAGAAACUAUCUGAUGAUCAUGUUCAAUUUCUUGUCUACCAGAUUCUUAGAGGUCUCAAAUACAUCCACUCAGCUGGCAUAAUUCAUAGGGACUUGAAGCCAUCAAAUAUUGCAGUGAAUGAAGACUGUGAAUUAAAGAUUCUGGAUUUUGGUUUAGCAAGGCCCACAGAGAAUGAGAUGACUGGGUAUGUUGCAACACGAUGGUAUAGGGCACCAGAAAUUAUGCUAAACUGGAUGCAUUACAACCAGACAGUGGAUAUCUGGUCAGUGGGUUGCAUCAUGGCAGAACUUCUUACAGGGAGGACUUUGUUUCCUGGAACAGAUCAUAUCCACCAGCUAAACCUUAUCAUGGAGAUAUUGGGCACCCCCCAUGAGGAGUUUAUGCAGAAAAUUUCCAGCGAAUCUGCUCGAAACUAUAUCCAGUCUUUGCCCCCACUUAAAAAGAAGGACUUCAGGGAUGUUUUCAAGGGAGCUAACCCACUUGCAAUUGACCUUCUGGAGAAAAUGCUGGAGCUUGAUGCAGACAAACGCAUAACUGCAGAAGAUGCUCUUGCACACCAGUACCUGGCACAGUAUGCUGAUCCCUCAGACGAACCUGUAUCUGCACCAUAUGACCAGAGCUUCGAAGACAUGGAUUUGCCAGUAGAAAAAUGGAAAGAGCUUGUCUACACAGAAGUCAUUGGAUUCGUGCCCCAGACUCUGCCUCAGGCGGUGCAAGAAUCCUAGUCACUUGUUAUCUGUCCAUUGGUUUGUUGCAGAUUUUCUUGGGUCUGUUGAAUUCUUGAAACCAUUUUUGCUUUCACUAAUAUAGCAGGGUUACAUGACAUUCUCCAGCUGUACAGUAUUAAGUUAUAGCUGUUUGGUUUGAAGGAGCAAAACUGUUAUACCAUUUUUUCCCAAAGUAGGUGGGCUCGGUGGAACUCUGGGUUCAAUACAUUUCAUUAGAUUAAAGACAUUUUUGUGUUUAAAUUUAAAUACAAAGAGUGAUUCUGCUGUAUUUUGUUCAUCUGAAGCCCAAAUCUGAACUUCAAACUCAGUCUGCUCUCAGAUGAUAUGAAAGGACUCUUUGUCAUACAGAACUUAAGUCUGUUCUCUCAUCCUGUGAGAAGUGAAAGAGAAAUCCUAAAGUACAUUGCUUGACAAUAGAAUUCACUGAGCAAGUGGUAUGAAUAUGUUCCUAUUAUACUGUUUGCUUUUGGUUUGUAUAUAUGAUUUCAUCAGUAUAUUUUGCUGCCCAAAGAGUUCUGAGUUUUUGGGUCAUGAAAGAAAAUGAUUUUAAUAUGUACUUUGGAGUACUUUGAUCUCUUAGAUUCACCAUUUUGGUCAAGCUGAUGUUCAACAAUCACAUCUUGUUAGUUCACCAUUCUAUUAAGUCAGAAGUUCAUAACAGCUCACUAUUAUUGUAACAUCUGUAAUCUGAUACUGGAAUUAUACAGUUAUUACAGGGAGCAUUGUAUUACUGUAAUUAUUUGUAAUUCAUUCAUUUGGUUAUGUUUUGACUCAGUUACCUACUGAGGUUAUGUAGUGUUAAAGUGAUGUAUGAUUGAUUAUGAGGAUGAACUGGGAAGAACAUGGCAGGAAAUAAUUGAGGUCGCCUGUAAGAUAGUAUUAUCCAUGAAGGACUGAGGAAAACCAUGAAAAUUUUUGUUUAAGGUAGCUGAUCCCAUGCUGGAAUUCAAAUAUAGUACAACAUAAAUAUGAGACAGAUGAGUUAGUGCUGUUGCAAACUGCACAGUAAAUGCUUUUGAGAUACACUUAAGUAGAAUAUACAGAACAUAAGCAUGAACUGAUCAUAAUAAUAAUAAUCUUUACUUGACCACACUUUUCUUUGCCUGUUUUGGGUUCAGACCCUGUCUGCAUGGAUCUAAUCCUCUAAUACUUCUGGGUAUCAAAAGAAAACAUUUCUAUUCAAUGUUUAGGCAGUGAAUUUCCUUCUGGUAAAUUUUCACAGGUUGUGAAGUUUUCCUCUUCAAGGUCAGGGUACAUAGUGGUUUUAGAAAUUGGGUAGUGGAGUGUCCCAGCUUCUUGACCAGCUGAACUCAGAGCAGGUUCUUCUACAUUCCGUCCUUAUCCCUGAGAUUUCGAAACUUUGUGAAUGUGAGAAAUAUGAGGUUGAUUCAUACUUGAAACAGCAUCUUUGGGAUUCAGAUUCUGAUAUUCACUUGUAAGAUAUCAUGCACAGAAACAUGUUCAUUUUCAAGAAAAAGCUUCUCAAGUUUGUUAAUGUUCAUGUGAUUGACUGAUGUUUUGCAGCUGUUGGAAGAAAUUGCUUGCUGUGUCAUAGCUGUCCUUGAAUACACUACAAUACAAUGCUCAACUUACACACCCAUGUUUUUGACAUUUCACCAUCCCAAACUGUACUCUAAGUCCCUGAUGAAUAUCAGGCAGUUUUAAGCCCUCUUUCACAAAAAAAUAUGGUUACGUAUUGCUGUUCACCUUACUGACUUCUUGCAGUAUGACUAAGUGCACAUGCACAAGUGUCGAUAGUGUGUGGAGAAGAAACAUUAAAUAACUGUGCAGAAGUUCCACAUUAUUAUGAGAAACCUUGACCAUCCUGGGUCAAAUUUGAACCACUUGCAUAUGUAUCAAGCCCUCACUAUUAGCACCAUCUUGUCACUGAGAGAAGGGCCCUUCACCCUUACAAUAUGGUGAAUUCCAAAAUGUUAUAAAGAAAAACAAAGAAGAGACACCCCUCAAAGCAAUAUAAAAUGUUUUUCUUGCACUGACAGUUUGUAACAGAAUAGUUCAAAAGUGGUAAGUGUGUGUGAUGAAAGAACAUAUUAAAUAACUAUGCAGGAGUUCCACAUUAUUGAGAAACAGUGAAAGUUCUGGGUCAGAUUGGAACCUCCUGAAUUGUAUAUCAAGCCCUCCAUCGUCAUUGGCAUCACCCUGUCACUGAGAGUAGGGCCCUUUACCCUUACAGUAUGGGCAGGUGUCAAAAUGUUAAAAGAAUAUAACUUCUAGUAUUAUAAAAUGUUUGUCUUGUGCUGAUAAUUUGUAACAGAACAGUUCAUGGACCACACUGAUGAACUGGUGAUCUGUCAUUGCAUGACACAGUUCACAAAUUAGUUUGUAUGAUUAAAAGGAAAGCUCACUUCUGUAGCAAUAGAUGAAAUAAAUCAUGAGCUGAAUAUAUCCUGAAUUGGUCAUAAAAUUGUCCAUACUCCACUAUGAAUUUGUUUCUUUUUUAAGACCAUACUGUUAAGGAUUUGAGGUUCUCACAGAAGUGGAUAUGACAUUGUGUAGUCCAGUGAAAGUUGACCAGUAUUUCAGAACAUGUCACCUCAGUCCUCAGGGUUGAAGAUUAAGCCAAGCAAUGAACCAGCAUAAAACAAUCAGAAUGCAGAACUCUCUGUAGACGAAGCAACACAUUCCCCCAAAAUAAAAUUUGACUUUCACCAGACUACAUGGCAUUAUACCCCAGAAGUUAGAAAUUUUUUAAAUUGUUUAAUUCAUUUAUGCAAAUGAGUGAUGCACUGAAGACUUUAUGCAGUAUCUGUAAUUUCCUAUUACUUGCUCAAAUAUGCCAAAUUUUCAGUUCUGAAAUAUGAGAUACAUGGUUUUAUUAGGGAAGGUGCUGGUAUGUGACUCCCCAAUAGUAAAACCCAAAGAUUCUGUGUCCAUCAUAGAAACCUACCAUUGAAUAUAAUCUUGAGCCACUUUAAUCCAAUUCACAUCCUCAUAACCUCUUUCUCUAUCAUCCAAUUUCAUGCUUGAUCUUCCAAAUAGUUAUUUUCCAGGGGCUUUCUCCACCGAAAUUCUUGUGCAUUUCCUUUUCUCCACCAGUAUUAAAUGUUCAUCCUAUCCUUUAUCAUUUUGAUUACUGCAAAGUACUCAUUCUUGGCUGGCUUCAUCUUUCUUCACUACAGAAUAAACAAAGAAGGCAUUGUUAAUUAGUAAAAUUGUAUUCUGUUUCAAGUCACCAGUGUGUUAGUACCACUUCAGUAUGAGAAAGAGCUGCAUGGGAUAAUCCCAAACUUAUUGGAACUUGCUUCAGAAUAGUUACGAGUUUGUAUCAUGUUGUAUUGCAGCAUUAUUGUCAAAUUAGUUGUUGCACUUGAGAGCUACAUGGUGUUUCACUUGCUAGGAAACACAAAUGUUCCUUGAUAUGCUUCCCUAUAAAAAUUGACAUGUACUUACCUUGUAUGUUGCAAAACAAGGUCCUUCUAGAGCAUAUGCUGAAAAUUGCCCCAUCCAGCAUCCAAGCACUUUUGUAUGUGAGUCUGGAAAUUGCCGAAGACAUCUGGUAAUGUGACAUCAGUCAUGGCAGCAACCUCCCACCAUAUCGUGUCUUUGAGGGCAUCAAGUUUUUGUGGCUUAUUGCUGUAUACACAGCCCUUCAGUAAGCCCUGCAAGAAGAAAUUAGGUUAUGUCAGGUCUUGUGAUCUUGACAGCCACAGCUUUUCAAAAUUAAUUCAUCACCGAAAUAACUUUCACUUUCCCUCAUGCUUGCAUUGGAUGUGUGGCACGUUGUGCCAUCUUGAUGAAAGGUAAGAUUGAAUAGACAUAAGCUUCGUCCAUGUCAAUUUUCAUAGGGAACCGUACAAAAAUGAAGAAGUUAUUGAGGAAUGUUGAGUUUCCUAGUGAGAGAAUCACACUGUAUGAAGCAAUGUUUGUAGCUUUGAUACAACAGGGUAAAUACUGUGUGCUACCUAUACAUUUUUUGUUGGAUUGCAUUUUAAGACAGUUUGCUCUUUUUAAAUUUGUAGGAAAGAAUUCAUGUUCUGACUAAAGAAAUAAUGUAUUGUGUCACAGAUUCUAACAGAGCUAUAUUUAGAAGGUGGCAAGUUAAUUUUUGAACUCCCUCUAAAAUGUGUGUGAGUCUUUUUCUGAUUAAAUAUAAUUAUAAAAUGGCAAUAUUGCAGUGAAAGGACACAUGGGCGUCAGUAGCUGCACUGACUUGCGAAUCUCAGUAGUUUGAAUAUUAAUGGCCCUAUAAAAAUGUGUAUAAUACUUGUGAAAUUACUGGAUACAUGUGGCGAGGUUACUAAAACAGUCACAGUUUCACAAAACAAACAGCACAAUUUAGUGAAGAGAAGUAUACUUAUUAUGGUUCUGUAAUAAUCAUUUUACAAAAAUUGAACCAUAUCACUGCUAAUGACGAGAAAUGUCAGUCAGUUGUGUGCCCUAUUCAAUAUUACAUUCUUUCACAUAUAAAUUUACUUUUCAUUUCAAAUUAAGUUUAAUACUUUAAAUACUUUAAUAGUUUAAUUCUUUCUGUGAGAUUUACAUAGUAUAUAGAAUGAAAAUGCAUAGUUUUAUAGUAAAUUAAUUAUCAUGCACAUAAGAAAUCUGUCAUGGCUACCUACAUCUCUCUGCACUUACAUAACUGGAAUAUAAUUCAUUUUAUUUUUAUUUUAACAUCAAAUAUAGCUGUUACUUUACCCUUUCUCUGUUCUAACAUGUUUCAUUGAUCAUUCGUCAACUUCCGUGGGAGUUUAUUUCAGACCUUUAUUAGCACAUUGUGUUUUAAUGUUACAAAUUGUGGUUAUGAGUUUAACCUUUAUUGUCUUUGCUUGUCACUACUUUCACAGCAUAUGCAUGGGUCAGGCAGGCCCAAGCAGUUCUUGAGUUGUAUUGCUCUCAAUGUAAAUACUAUUUCCCCCCCAAGUUAAAAUUCAACCUGCCAAUGCUGCUUUAGUUAGAGACUUAAAUCAGGGUAUGAUUCCUGGAAGAUGCAGAGGUUCCUUCUCUUCCCUACCAUAUCCAUCCAGACUGUCUCUGGUGCCAAUCAGUGGAUGCUAGAGGUUCUUCCUUCAUAUUUGCAAGGCCUGUGUCAAGUUAGGCCAUGACCACUUCCUGUCUCAUCGAUUCCAGUUCAUUAUUUACUAAUCACUUAUUUAUCAUAAUACAGGUAUAAUCUGAAAAAUUUUAAGUAUCAUUAAGUAAACUGAAAACAAACAAAAAUUAAAUCAGUAAGAAUAUAAAGCUGACAGUUUCCUCCAAAACCCCUAUUGUUUAGGAACUGAAUUGACUCUUAUAUUUACAUUUGCGUUUAAUCAUAUGUUGUUUGAAUAUAUCCAAAUUGAUGGUAACUGAAACAUAAAGAUUUAACAUGGAUUACAACCAGAGUAUUCACCAAUCCCAUUCUUUGUCUUGGUCUGGAAUAUCUUUGAUACCUUCCUGUUUAAUAUCAUAUAAUCAUGUCUCUCAUAACUUUGAAAGCUAUUACAUGCAAGUAAUAAUAAAUGGCACAGAAACAGUAACCAGAAUAAUAUUGUGGCAUAUAGACCCAUUGUUAGGCAAGGACUGUGAAGCAAACGAUACAACAGUCAUUGCUGGGCAGCAGUGAGCACGCCAGUGAACUGACUGAGUAGCGAUCACAUGGGAAGCCCAACAGUGGAGGGAUUGUUGAAGGCAGUGUUUUCUGUGGACCAUGGCAGGAUGUUAUAACCAGGAAAGUUGGAGCAGCGAGUUGAGAGUUGAAUUCUGCAAGGGAGGCUGAACAGGGAUGGCACUGUGGUUCAGUUAUGAGAUGGUAGCAAACCAGCAAUGGCAUAAGACCCUGGAGCUGAAGAAUCUCCGCUGUUAGAAGGCAUUGCCAGGUGAAGACAUAGCAUGCUGGGAAAAUUCUUAGCAGGUGCUCUAGUAAUUUGUGAAUUGUGGAGAUUAGGUGUGUGGCGCUGUAAUUACUUGUACUUCUGAGUUAUGUGUGUAAGUGGUCAAUAAAUUGAGUCUUCAAACCCAGUCGAUAAGUCACACAUACAUGUGAUAAUGUAAUCAAGUGGCAACUUGUAAUCAGUCUAUAAGGUCAGAUUGAUGGCUCAGCGAAAUUAAGUAACAAAAUUACUCCUGGAAGCUAGUGGUAAUGCACAGCUGUCUUGACUGAGUGUGUGUGAAAAUCAUACACAUAAAAUUUUUGCAUGAUAUGUCUGCUUGUUAUUUCCAUGCCCCAGUAAACAGCUGUGCUUAUCCCUCUAACAGAUACUAAGCGGUGAAUGUACAAAUGAUAUUUCCUUUUUAAUUGCUUUAGUUGCAUUUCAGAGCUCAAUUAAGAUGCAACAUAUCACUGUUCACCUUACUAAUCUUAUGUGUAGUACGCUUGGAUGCUGACCCUAUAAAUGUAUAUGAACCUGAACUAAUAGCUCAACUACAUAAAAUAAUGAUUAAAGCAUGGAGAACAGACAAAAAAUACCUCAUGAGUGUGAUCAAGGAAUCAGUACAUGAGAAAUGAAAUGAGCUGAAUUGUUCGAUGUAUCACAUUGCUUAAUACAGCCUAAAAAAAACCUUUUCUAAUGUAAUAUGCAGGAGACUGUUACUUCAUGUAGAACAAAAACUAGGGAAAUAUCAGAAUGGUUUUAGAAUAGGCAGAACAACUGCAGACCAAAUACAUGCCAUAAGACAGAUCUUGGAGAAAACUUGAGAGUACAAUAUUAGCACAUUCCACCUCUGUAUAGACUUCAGAGCUGCCUACAUUAGUGUUAGUAUCCGAAGAGAGACAGUUCAUGGUUAUGGAAGAGUUUUGAUACCUAUGAAAUUAACUUAACCACAGCAGCUCUAAGAAGACAUAUUCAGAGUUAAAAUACAAAGUGAUUUAUCAGCUCUCUUUCUUGAGAGGAACAGUGGCUAGUAGGGGCCAGUAAAUGUUACCAUGGCCUUAGAAAACAACUAGGAUGUAUUACCGUGACACUCCAAAUGUAAAUUAUAUAUAUAUAAAUCACUUUUGAGGCCUGUUCUCUUAUAUAGAAGUGAAAGCUGGAUGAAAUGAAACUAGAAGUAUUUUAAAGGAAAAUACUAAGAAAAGUAUAUAGCCCCAUUAAAGAAUAUGACUUGUGGUGAAGGCUGGAAGACUGAGGUGGCUGGCACACCUAUAUAGAAGAAAUCAAAUCUCUGCAAUAAAAUGACAUUUGCCAAGAUGAAAGGCAAUAGAAGAGUGAGUAGACCCCCCCC